GAAAGUAGUGCGGCCCCGACGGGCGGGGGCUGGGCACGUGACCGCGCGAGGCCACGCCUCCUCGCGUCGCCGGGUUCUGGGCGGGCGGCGUCUCUGGAGACGUAAACAGCUCCCGGUGGGCGCGGCGGCCGAGGACCUCCGGCUGCCGUCACCGCCCGCUCUCCGCCGCUGCCGCCCCCGCGAGGCUGCGCGACCGCCGGAGCCGCCCGCAGCGACCCGACGCGCCCGGUUCUCUGGACUUCGGCCCCCGCCCGCCGCCACCAUUGACGCCAUGUCGAGUUACUCGAGCGACCGGGAUCGCGGACGGGACCGAGGGUUUGGGGCACCUCGAUUUGGAGGAAGUAGGGCAGGCCCCCUAUCUGGAAAGAAGUUUGGAAACCCAGGGGAGAAACUAGUGAAAAAGAAGUGGAAUCUUGAUGAGCUGCCAAAGUUCGAGAAGAAUUUUUAUCAAGAACACCCGGAUUUGGCUCGGCGCACAGCACAAGAGGUAGAGACGUACAGAAGAAGCAAGGAAGUUACAGUUAGAGGUCACAAUUGCCCCAAGCCAGUUCUGAAUUUUUAUGAAGCAAAUUUCCCUGCAAAUGUCAUGGAUGUGAUCGCAAGACAGAACUUUACUGAGCCCACUGCUAUACAAGCUCAGGGAUGGCCCGUUGCUCUAAGUGGAUUGGAUAUGGUUGGAGUAGCACAGACUGGAUCUGGGAAAACACUGUCGUAUUUGCUGCCUGCCAUUGUCCACAUCAAUCAUCAGCCAUUCCUCGAGAGAGGAGAUGGGCCUAUUUGUUUGGUGCUGGCACCAACUCGAGAACUGGCUCAACAAGUACAGCAAGUGGCUGCAGAAUACUGCAGAGCCUGUCGCUUAAAGUCUACUUGCAUCUACGGGGGUGCUCCCAAGGGACCUCAAAUACGAGAUUUGGAGAGAGGUGUGGAGAUCUGUAUUGCAACACCUGGAAGACUGAUUGACUUUUUAGAGUGUGGGAAAACUAAUCUGAGGAGAACCACUUACCUCGUUCUUGAUGAGGCAGACAGAAUGCUUGAUAUGGGUUUUGAACCUCAAAUCAGGAAGAUUGUGGAUCAGAUAAGACCUGAUAGGCAAACACUAAUGUGGAGUGCAACUUGGCCAAAAGAAGUGAGACAACUUGCUGAAGAUUUCUUGAAAGACUAUAUUCAUAUAAACAUUGGUGCACUUGAACUUAGUGCAAAUCACAACAUUCUCCAGAUUGUUGAUGUAUGUCAUGAUGUAGAGAAGGAUGAAAAACUUAUUCGUCUAAUGGAAGAGAUCAUGAGUGAGAAGGAGAAUAAGACCAUUGUUUUUGUUGAAACCAAGAGAAGAUGUGAUGAACUUACCAGGAAAAUGAGGAGAGAUGGGUGGCCUGCCAUGGGUAUCCAUGGUGAUAAGAGUCAACAGGAACGUGACUGGGUUCUAAAUGAAUUCAAACAUGGGAAAGCUCCUAUUCUGAUUGCUACAGAUGUGGCCUCCAGAGGGCUAGAUGUGGAAGAUGUGAAAUUUGUCAUCAAUUAUGACUACCCUAACUCCUCAGAGGAUUAUAUUCAUCGAAUUGGAAGAACUGCCCGCAGUACCAAAACAGGCACAGCAUACACUUUCUUUACACCUAAUAACAUAAAGCAAGUGAGCGACCUUAUCUCUGUGCUUCGUGAAGCUAAUCAAGCAAUUAAUCCCAAAUUGCUCCAGUUGGUCGAAGACAGAGGCUCAGGUCGUUCCAGGGGUAGAGGAGGCAUGAAGGAUGACCGUCGUGACAGAUAUUCUGCGGGCAAAAGGGGUGGAUUCACUACCUUUAGAGACAGGGAAAAUUAUGACAGAGGUUAUUCUAGUCUACUUAAAAGAGAUUUUGGGGCUAAAACUCAGAAUGGUGUUUACAGUGCUGCUGCAAGUUACACCAAUGGGAGCUUUGGAAGUAAUUUUGUGUCUGCUGGUAUACAGACCAGUUUUAGGACUGGUAACCCAACCGGGACUUACCAGAAUGGUUAUGAUAGCACUCAGCAAUAUGGAAGUAAUGUUGCAAGCAUGCAUAAUGGUAUGAAUCAACAGGCAUAUGCAUAUCCUGCUACUGCAGCUGCACCUAUGAUUGGUUAUCCGAUGCCAACAGGAUAUUCCCAAUAAGACUUUAGAGGUAUAUGUAAAUGUCUGUUUUUCAUAAUUGCUCUUUAUAUUGUGUGUUAUCAGACAAGAUAGUUAUUUAAGAAACAUGGAAAAUGCAGAAAUGACUGCAGUGCAGCAGUAAUUAUGGUGCACUUUUUCGCUAUUUAAGUUGGAUAUUUCUCUACAUUCCUGAAACAAUUUUUAGGUUUUUUUUGUACUAGAAAAUGCAGGCAGUGUUUUCACAAAAGUAAAUGUACAGUGAUUUGAAAUACAAUAAAUGAAGGCAAUGCAUGGCCUUCCAAUAAAAAAUAUUUGAAGACUGAA